AUGUGGCGAAAAUUCGUCACAGUUCCCUCGAACGACUUCUUGGAGAGAUUCCUCCCAAAUCCCGUUGGUCUGACCCCUGGAAAUUAUGCCGGCGCAUUCAACAAGAUGCCUCGGGAAGGCGAUCGUGAAGAAUCGCUAUAUGAACCAUUCUGCAAGUGCCUAGUGACUUUGUGUCCAGGUUACAAGUGCGUAUCAACAGCGAACGCACCUGAUAGGGACGAGAAAUUCAAACAGAAGGUCGACGCCGCACUGUUCCUCGAGGAAGAAGCUCCGACGGACGGGAGACAGCACUGGGCGCAGCAGCGGAUUUCUUUUGAGUUCAAGAGAUAUUCUGGUAGGGAUGACCCAUUUGAAGAGGAGAAAGAGGGCUACGAGCACGAUACGUCGUAUGGGAACCGAACCCGAGGCCAAGCCAUUGCGUACGCCGCUGAAAUAUUCGCUCGGCAGUUUCGGACGUUCUGUUUCACAGUCCUCAUUCUCGGGAAUUGUGCUCGCAUUGUGCGCUGGGACAGAUCUGGUGCCGCGUUUACGGAGAAGUUCAACUACAAGCGGAAUCCGGAGAUUCUCGGCGAGUUUUUAUGGCGGUUCUCGCACCAUGAAGCCAAAGAGCAAGGCUAUGAUGAAUCUGCGACUUUGGUCACAGAAGGAUCGGAAGACUACGUUCUGAUGAAGCAAUAUGCAGAGACGAAACUGGAGUCUGGAGAUUAUGUUCGGGAAUACUUUAAGACCUCGUACGACGCCGGGUGGCCUUUGUGGAGGUUGAAAGUUGACGAUGAGUCGCACCCGGAAGGAGACCACGGCAAGAAUACUGGCAAAUCGCAUGUGGGCACCAGUGCGCGUACGGCAUCUGGAGUUUCCACUGCGCCGCGUUCCACAUACUAUCUCGUUGGCAAGCCACACUUCCUCGCUAACGGUAUGGUGGGUCGGGGCACCCGUGGGUACGUUGCUCUCGAUUGCCAGACCUGCAAGUUCGUCUUCCUCAAAGACGCGUGGAGAGUCGACCACAUCGACAUCGAGAAGGAAGGCGACGUGCUACGGAAACUUUACGGCGAGCGUGUUGAGAACGUCCCCACCCUUGUUUGCCAUGGAGACGUGCUCGACCAACAGACUUUGACGCAAGUCAUUUGGGAAGAGGUCAAUGGGCCUACGCCGGAGGCGAGACGUCCACUGAAGAAGCACGUCCAUUAUCGACUUGUCGUAGAAGAAGUUGGUAUUCCCGUCAAUGAAUUCGCACACGGCUUCGAGCUUGUGAGUAUUAUUUAUGACUGCUUGACAGCUCAUCAGCAGGCGUUUGAAAAACUUCGUCUCUUGCACAGAGAUGUCAGCAUAGGAAACGUUAUGAUUGUCGAACGGUUCGACGGGAUUGAAUUUGUCCGAAUCGGAUAUCUGUGUGAUUGGGAGCUGUCGAAGUCAAUUCCCGACGGAGAUGCGACUCAGGUAGCGAGACAACCUGAUCGUACUGGAACCUGGCAGUUCAUGUCUGCGCUAUCACUGCAGAAUCCAUACAAACCUAUCACGCUCCAAGAUGACCUCGAGGCGUUCUUUCACCUUGUCUUGUAUAUGGCCGUACGAUUCCUGCCGCACAACAUUGGGGAUGCAAACGUGGGUACGUUCAUAUACCGCUACUUCGAUGAUGCAGAUCCUCUCGACCGACAAUUCUACGUCUGCGGGGAAAAAAAGUGGUCUACGAUUCAAAGCGGGCUUCUCACGUUUAAGACCAAACCAAUCACAUUCGGCGACGACGCCAACUAUCCUAUGAACGAUCUCCUGGAGACGCUUCUGCCGUGGUUCAGUGCGUACUACGCCGUGAUUGGGCAUGAUCACCCACAGCUCGUGAAGCCCCCUGAACCUGCGGCCGACCCCCAGAACUCCGUGGAUGACCCACUCGACAACAUGCCACAACGUCUCCGUCAGAUACUGCAGAUUAAUAGCGUUAAGGACGGCAUGCAUCGCCCCAGGAAAACUACUCGAAACAAAGAUGCGCAGAUGCAGGAAAAUCGGAAGUUGGCACAGAGUUUGAACGGACACUCUGAAAUCUGUUCCCUUUUCAGAACGAUGCUCGCGGACCCGAAGCGGUGGCAAUCGCACGACAAAACACUGGACAAGCUGCCAAAGAAUUACAAUCUAGCAAAGGAGGUUCAAGGUGUCCGCGACUCGACCAGGCACUCGCUAGGGUGCGCUGGGUUGUCCCACAAGAUGAAUUCAUUGACUUUGGAUGCUACACCUGAGGUGGAGCCCGUCGUCAGUUAUCCUCAGGAGCAAGUAUGCACUCCACCAGUGCCCGAGGACCGCGUCCGGCCCCGCAGUGUGGCCCACUCGGACCUGACAGAAUGUAUUGAAGGCCCCCACUUAUACUCUGAAAGCCCCCGCUUAUGCUCUGAAGAUCCCCACUUCUCGGUAUCAUUGUUCGACCUGUUCGAGCCUGCACAGCUUGAUCCAGCCGCUCAGCCUCCCCCCCAAGAGGAUGCUUUACGUUCCACAAGUGCGCAGUCGUCGCCAUUCUGGGAGCUUGCGUGGGGUUGCACUGUGCAAUUCCAUCCAGUAGAUAUCUCUGCACUCAUGUCUCAAUCUGCUUUGAUUCAAAGCAAUCUACCCGGGUUGUCUCUCGUCUCCAGAGGCAAAGUUCGGGACAUCUACGCUACGUCGUCCCCGCAGCAUCUACUUUUCGUCGCGACAGAUCGCAUCUCGGCGUACGACGUGAUCCUCCGCAACGUUUGUCCACUUUGUCAUUGUUUUCCUGGCUUUUGGGUGACGGGUGACCUUGCGGGGGUGCCAGACAAGGGCAAAGUUCUGACUCGGAUUUCCCUGUUCUGGUUCGACAAACUAAGGGAUGUCCUCCCCACACACCUUGUCACCGCCGAUAUAGACAAGAUGCCGGAAGAAGUUAGACAAUACAAGGAGCAGCUGGAGGGGCGAACUAUGCUUGUCCGUAAGGCCAAGGUUAUACCUCUUGAAGCCAUCGUCCGAGGAUAUUUGAGUGGGUCCGGUUGGGCUGAAUACAAGGAAUAUGGAACAGUGCAUGGUAUCUCCCUACCUGCUGGACUCGUCGAGUCCCAGAAGCUGCCCAAGCCAUUGUUUACACCUUCCACGAAAGCAGAACAAGGCCAACACGAUGAAAAUAUUUCUCCGGAACAUGCCGCUGGGCUGAUUGGCCAGAGGCUGUACGACCAGAUAUCAACAGCCGCUGUACGAUUAUACAAGGAAGCUGCAGAUUAUGCAUCCACCCGUGGCCUCAUCCUCGCGGAUACAAAAUUCGAAUUCGGUCUAUUACCGUCGUCCGAGGCGUUGGGAGAAGAUCAAGUAAUUCUGAUCGAUGAACUCCUUACCCCGGACUCGUCGCGGUACUGGCCUGCCAGCUCCUACAAGCCUGGCGGUUUGCAGCCCAGUUUCGACAAGCAAUACCUUAGGGACUGGCUUGUGAGCACCGGAUUCCGCAAGGGCCUUGAAAGCGGUCCUGAGGGGAAAGAAGGGCAAGGUUGGAUCAUGGAAGACAGCGUUAUUGAGGGCACAAGAAAGCGUUACAUGGAGGCACUAACGUUACUGAUUGGCGAGGGGGCCAGCCUGUAG